AUGGAACCUGCAGAGAUAGUCAAGGCCAUAGAGCCUCUCCAGGGAGAGGUCAUCCCAGUCAGAACCAUCCAAGAGACUCAGCCACCUGAGGACUUUGCCGAUGCAUACGUCGCCGAAGUCAACGUUAAAGCUGCCUCAAAGGUGAUCAAGGCUCUCGACUCUGCCAUCCCUCGCGAUGCCUCUCUCCCCAUGGCCCAUCUGCGUCGUUUUGCGAAACGGAUCAUGCUCCCAGAGCAUCUACUCGCAGCCAUUGAAGCCGAUAAAUCAGCUCCUGCGAAUAACGGCCAGACAAUAUUCGUUGUGAUCCCACCUCCAUACCCGGAUGUCGAGACCUUGCAGGGCAUACUGGCUCCGUUCGCACCUCUGCCUCGCCGUCGCAGCUCGGCUACACCCCCCAUGAACUCCUCCCGCCCAUCUUCCCCCUUCUCGAACCCAGGUUCUCCGGAGCCUCAGCCUCCUACUAUUCGCCUCCUCAAGACUCGCAUUCCCAUCUAUCCGCCGUUCAACACAGCCCAAGCUGAAAGAUGGACCCGAAAAAUGUGGCCGGUGGUCUUCAACCCCGCCGCACCCCGCUCUACCGUCGCACCUCCCCCUCAGAUUCUUAGUCGCGCUCUGGAAUCUAUCAAGCCCCGUGCAGGCUUCUAUCUCUCCCUGGCGCGCAAAGUUGCCGAAGAAUCGAGGCAGUCCGGCCGCGGUCGUGGCGUCGGUGCCGUCAUCGUUGACCCCGCCAUCGAGGAGGAACUUGAGAAUAAUGCCUGGCGACAAUGUCGCGAUCCUACCGAGCGAUGGAUGGACGCCGUUCUCUCCGUCGGAGGCGAUGCCCGAUAUGCACGCUCGGAGGCCGGUGCAUCCUCCCAGGCAGACCGACACCCUGGCGUGGCCCCAAACCCAGCGAGCACCAGCUACGAUGCUGAUCUCGAAGGAGGACCGGAUCUCCAUGCCCUGAUGCGCGCAACGGAGCUCGUCGCUCGACGCCGACGUGAAGAUGAUGAACAUCUGGCUCAAUACACCGAAUCGGUCCUCCCCGUCACCGCAACGGACCCGCAGUUAUCCAACGAGCUCAGCCCACUUGAGUCUUUCUUCCUUGACGACGUCUGCGGUCCAUCCUCACCCCCCGAACGUAUGGCUACUCACUUGUCGCCUAGGAAGCGCAAGCAUGAGUGGCCCAACCCGGAGACCACCACCGUGACCUGGCCGGACGUCAACAACGAAACUCUCGAUCCAGCCGACUCAUUCACUACACCCCUCCCAGCUCCCCCGCCCUCCGCUACAGCCGUGGGCGAACCCACCAUUCCAACCCCGACAAUCAAUCACGAAACCUCGCAACAAGAUUCCUCUGGAUCCCCCACUCCACCUCAAAACUCCCGCAUCCGCACCCGCUCCCAGGGUGGAUACCUCUGCACCGACUUGGACAUCUACCUCUCCCACGAGCCAUGUCUGUGCUGCUCAAUGGGAAUGCUCCUCUCGCGCUUCCGCGCGGUGAUCUUCCCCCGCGCCGGCCGUAUGCCCAGCGGCGGCAUCGCCUCGGAGCCGGUUGUCGCACCCACCUCCGUCGAUUCUGACUCCGAAGAUGACUUCUGGGGCACCCACGAGGUGGUUGGGAAAUCCGAGGACCGGCUGUACUAUGGCCUGCACUGGCGCAAGGAGCUGAACUGGCGCGCUCUUGGGUUCGAGUUUGUGGAGCACGAGACUAAGGAGGAUGGCGAGAAGGUUGCUGUAGCUUUUAAUGGGCAUGGCGAGGACGUUGCCUUCCAUGCAUAG